CGGCGGCCGUGGAGGAGGCGCAGGGCAGUGGGCCUGGGAGGCGGGCGCGCGGAGCCGGUGAACUGCGGCGCGGCGCCGCUUUGGCGCGCACGCGCCCGAGCGCGCGCCCGGUGGGGCGGGCCGGGACUCGCGGCUCGCACGCCCUUGGGCCGCGGCCGGGCCCCCGCUCUCCCUUCCGCUUCCGACGCGCUGUCCGCGGAGCCGGUGGAUGUGCGGCAAUAACAUGUCUGCUCCGAUGCCCGCUGUCGUGCCCGCCGCCCGGAAGGCCACCGCCGCGGUUAUUUUUCUUCAUGGAUUGGGAGAUACUGGGCACGGAUGGGCCGAAGCCUUUGCAGGUAUCAGAAGUUCACAUAUCAAAUAUAUCUGCCCACAUGCGCCAGUAAUGCCUGUUACAUUAAAUAUGAAUAUGGCUAUGCCUUCUUGGUUUGAUAUUAUUGGACUUUCACCAGAGUCCCAGGAGGACGAAUCUGGAAUUAAACAGGCAGCAGAAAAUGUAAAAGCUUUAAUAGAUCAAGAGGUGAAGAAUGGCAUUCCUUCUAACAGAAUUAUUUUGGGAGGAUUUUCUCAGGGAGGAGCUUUAUCUUUAUACACUGCUCUCACCACACAGCAGAAACUGGCAGGCGUCACUGCACUCAGUUGCUGGCUUCCACUUCGGACUUCCUUUCCACAGGGUCCUAUCAGUGGCACUAAUAGAGAUAUUUCCAUUCUCCAGUGCCAUGGAGAUUGUGAUCCUUUAGUUCCCCUAAUGUUUGGUUCUCUUACUGUUGAAAAACUAAAAGCAUUGGUAAAUCCAGCCAAUGUCAGCUUCAAAAUCUAUGAAGGCAUGAUGCACAGUUCAUGUCAACAGGAAAUGAUGGAUGUCAAGCAAUUCAUUGAUAAACUCCUACCUCCAAUUGACUGACGUCACUGAGAGGCCUUGUGUAGAAGUACACCAGCAUCCCUGUAGUAAACAUGCCUGACCUUAAAACUUGUAAUGUUUGCGGUGUUAAAAGUGUUUUGCAAAUACACAUGAUACAGACUAAAUGAUGUCUCCUCAUAGGAAAUUUAUGAUCUUUUAAGUUUCUAUACAUGUAUUUGUAUAAGAAGGUCAAGAAUACCUAGUAUUAAAAUAAGUGAAGCAGCUAGCUGCUUUUCUCAAUUGUAAGUCAGCAAAAUAAUAAAAUACUGCAACCAGAAUUUUUAUUACAUGACUUGAAAAUUACUAGUAUGCUUAAUGAAAAUAAGUUCAGUUAUAAACAUGCAGUUAAAAUAUAAAUGAUUUAUUAAUACUGUGACUUAGUCUAUGGAUUUGUUCUACAGUUGCUUAGUCACUAUGUCUGUAUUUUUAUAUAUGAAUUCAUAUAUACAAAAUGAUUAUAAUACAUAACAAUUAGAUAGUAUUACAUUAUUCCUAAUACCAGGAAUAAUGCUUUUAAAUGUCAGAAAAGAGUAAUAUUGCUCUCUUGAAUUAAUGGCCCUUUUAUUUGAUGGACUAGGCUUUUCUUUCCCCUGAUAUUAUUUCUAUUUAAUAUUCUUUUCUC